CCAUCGAGUCCACGUGUCUGAGGUUAAAAUUAACUCCCCUUUUCUCGGUAUUUCGGCCACCGCAUGGUCUCUUAUUUACCUUUUUUAGUCACCGACAGCGUGGCCGAUAAACUUUGAACUCGUUGUUGAAUUAACGAGUCUCACCCUCAUUUACCCACGACCACAGAGUCAAUUACUUGCUUCCUAAACCCACCACUUCUUGGAUACUUUCCUGGAAGUCUUAUUUGCCUGUUCGUGAAUGUGCCUUUGUGUUUCCUUCGCCACAUAUUGUUUGGAACAGUGCCAGGACUAGGUCUUUGAUCUCUCUCUCCCCGUACUUUCAGAAAUAUCAACGACAUUCUCUAUUGGUGACAAUGACAUCUAGCUCUGAGCUGGGCACGCCAAUGGUGCCGGUUGGCACCAAACAGGAAAAAGUAUGCAUGAAGAAGCAGCUAGGGUUGUUGGAAGGAGUUGCCAUCAUCCUAGGAAUUAUUUUUGGAUCAGGUAUAUUUAUCUCACCGACUACAGUCAUCCAAGAUGCCAAAUCUGCAGGUCUUAGUUUGCUUAUCUGGGUGUUGUGUGGUAUUCUAUCCAUGGUCGGUGCUUUAUGCUAUGCUGAAUUGGGGACAUCUAUACCCAAGUCCGGUGGUGACUACGCCUACAUCUUUGAAGCGUUCGGCCCUAUUCCAGCUUUUCUAUACUUGUGGGAUGCCAUGCUCAUCUUUGUACCCACAACGAAUGCUAUCAUGGGAUUAACGUUUGCCAAUUAUAUAAUCAAGCCUUUCUUCCCCACUUGUGAUGUUCCUGACCUACCAAAAAAGCUGAUUGCGGCCAGUGUUAUCUGCUUUUUGACGUUUUUGAACUGCUACAAUGUGAAAGCAACAGCAAGGACCCAGAAUGUUUUUAUGAUAGCCAAGAUCGCUGCUCUGUGCAUAAUUAUUCUUGCUGGGCUUGCAUAUAUGACUUUUGCGGAUAGAGGAAUGACGAAUUUUGAAGACGUGUGGGCAAACACAACCUCUGACGCAGGCCAAAUUGCAGUUGCAUUUUACUCAGGCAUUUUCUCCUAUUCUGGCUGGAACUACCUGAAUUUUAUGACAGAAGAAUUGAAAAAUCCCUACGUAAAUCUCCCAAGGGCAAUUUAUAUCUCUUUGCCAAUUGUGACCUUUAUCUAUGUGUUGGCAAAUGUGGCGUAUUUGGCUGUUCUAACCCCUGUUGAAAUGAUACAGUCGGAAGCCGUGGCAGUGUCGUUUGCUGAUUCCAUCAUGGGCCCUCUAGCAUGGACCAUGUCAUUAAUGGUAGCCAUGUCAGCAUUCGGAGGUUUGAGCGUGCACAUCAUGACAUCAUCUCGAAUGUGCUUCGUUGGGGCUCGCUAUGGCCACUUCCCAGCCAUGUUGUCGCACAUCAGCGUUGAUAGAUUCACGCCAACCCCUUCCUUAGUUUUUCUCAAUAUUCUCUCGUUAAUCAUGCUAUACACUAGUAAUGUCCGUGAUCUGAUCACUUAUUCUACAUUUGUAGAAUCAUUUUUCAUCACACUCUCAGUGAGUGGCCUAUUAUACCUACGCUGGAAACAACCCAACAGACCACGACCUAUCAAGAUUUCCAUUUGGAUUCCUAUUCUUUUUGUCAUCCUGUGUCUCUUUCUGGUCGUCCUCCCAUUCUUCGACUCGCCGCUGGUAGUUGGAGUCGGAAGUCUCAUCACUCUAAGUGGUGUGCCAGUUUAUUAUUUCGGAGUCGUUUGGCAACCCAAGCCAAAAUGGUUCCGGAGCGCUCUGGAUAAAACAACGUACGUCGUACAAAAACUGUUUAUGUCUGCCAAGGAAGAGCGUGAACUGUGAUCUAUAAAAUCAAGUGACGUGGCAACGGUGUCGUUAUGUAAAUAGUAAGUGAUCUGCUCUUUUUCUACCCGCUGAAUCAUGACGUUUCUGCCAAGAAAAUGCCUUCUAUGUAAGAUUUUUUUAAUCAUCAGAUAAAGUUUUUCAUGUAAUUGUCCAGUCGUUUGUUGGAAAGCUGUAAGUUCCAGCGUAUGUUGGAGCAUUGAUUGAGCAAAGUCUCAUUAAUUGGCAUCCUUUUGUGAAUAAUUUUAUCUAAGAUUGUAUUUGCAUCUUGAAUCAUUGUUCAGAACAUUGUCAGAUUGAAUGGGACGGAAAAGGGAAAGAAUUCGGAGAUAAAAUUGGAAGAAAAAAGUAGCAUUAGUUUCUUAGAUCUUGUAAAAGCCUCUUGUUAAUUUAUUAAGCUGUGGAAAGUCAAACUUUCAAUGUCGAUCAAUUUUAUGUUCUCUUGAACGUUUUCUUCAAAACAGAAGUCUUUUCAUGAAAAUGGAUCGAUGACUGAACUCAUCACAGUGUUUCCAAGUUUCCAUUCUGUUUGAUUUGAUCCUAUUUGCAUUUAUUUGUCAAUCCCAAUCAGAAAUUUCAAUCUGGGAUGCUUAAUUUGUUCCCUUCAAAUUCAGAAAUUUUACACAAGGUGCAGUUUAAUGUUUCAUCCUCUCUAUCAUCUUCUCUAUCAUUGUUUUUUUUUUUGGAUGAGGAUUCAUUUCUCUCAAACCUUUUACUUGCUCUAAUAAUGCAGCAAGCCAUUUAAGGCAAUCAGUAUUUUAAUUUCGUUCAUGUUUUAACGUCGAAGAUAGUUGGUUUGCUCACUUGAAUCUCAUCACCGUAGGAAUUUCCGGUAAAAGAAGCUACUCAUCGAAGAGUAUGGGAAUUUCAGAAACCAGAUAAAUGGGGUUUCAACUGUUAAUCAAAAUGACCUAGAGUAAACAAUCCAAAACACGAGAUUCGAGUCAUAAAUUUUACAGAACUUCACUUAUCUGUUUCUGAAGUGAAAAAUUAUUAGACAGAGUACCUUUUUGGUCAGAUGUCCAAGCCAGAUUUCUUUGUUCUCCAUUGGUUGUAACCUUUUAUUUUUUCAACAAUUGUGUUAUAUUUUGACAAGUACUUAAACCUUAGUUUGUACCUUGACGAAACCUCUGUGAGGAAUAGUGGUACUGUCUAGUCGUGAAAUGUGAUGGAUUCUCGCUAAUUUCAAGGAUGAAUACAGAAGUAAAUAACUUUUGGCAUUGAAACUAUCUCCUUCUGUUGCAAAAAACUCUUUCUCCCUGACUUUUUUUUGUGCAUGCAUCAAAUUAUGCGCUUUUCGAUUUUCUUUGAGAUCUUGUUAAUUCACCCAUUCUCACUCAGGUUGGUUAAAAAAUUCACCAAGCAUUUGUACUACUUGGUAUUCAAGAAUUAGUGAAUCAUAUUUGAUCACAGUAAUUUGCUUACCGCUCUGAGGUGAGAAAAUAGUUUAGUCGAUUCAGUGUAAUCAGCACUUCUUUCACUUUAAUUCAGCGACAAGAGGUCUGAAAUUUUCACAGGAAAUAAUUUCUCAGAAGUUCCCAAAUUGUUUCUUGUCAGACUGGUAGAUAUUUUGAAAAUAUGCUAGUGAGCAGUUUUGUUUUAGAACUAAGUUUAGCUCUGACCAAUCAUCCAGUAUUUGCCUGUUGUCUAAAACGUAGUCAGUUUAUUUUGAAAGGGCUUUUUUCUUCUUUCAUUUUUCAGGAAAUUAAUUUUUGAGGUAGACAGAGUAUUUAACGGAGGUGUUCACUUGUACAUAUCUACAAGAGCUAAUUUUGUCACAGAGCAUUGACUCAGUAAAAAUGGUUUUGCAUCUGAGUGAGUGAAUGAGCAAGGGAGGGGGGGGGGUUUCACAAACGACCCCUUCCACAGCAACUUUGGUCCAAUUUGAUCAAUUUACGGGCAUUUUUUGAAAUAUUGCCUCUCAUCUUGAGGAAGCUCUGGCAGGGUUGCCGGCGGAAAACCGGGAAGGUCAGGGAAAGUCAGGGUAUUUAUGGCGACUGGGAAAAGUCAGGGAAUUUACGGCGACCGGGAAAAGUCAGGGAAUUUACGGCAACCGGGAAAAGUCAGGGACUUUAUGGCAACUGGGAAAAGUCAGGGAAUUCACACUAAAAGUCAGGGAAUUUUCCAAGGUGCAUUUAGUAGAAGUUAGUGUUUUUAAAGGGGAAAAAAAAUCAAAGUGGAAGUUUAAUUCUAAUGUCAGGCAAAGUCAGGGAAUCCGAAAAAUUUAGUCAGGGAAAAGCAAAAAUAGUCGGGGAAUUUGAAGGUGAAGAGAUUAUGGCAACCCUGCUCUGGGUCCUUUCCACAAAUUUUGUCCUCCGCUAAGUUUCGGGUGAAAUUAUACCCCCAUGUCUGACUAAAAUUCAAGCUACAUAAAGUAGAGUGUUGGUGGAUGAUGCAAUGCAUCCAAAUUACCUUUUUGUUGAAUCUUGAGGAGAACUAAGCCUCAGGAGUUAUUUAUUCUUUCCUUGGUCUGUAGAAGUAAAAUUUUACUAAGGCAUGAGUUGCUAAAUUAUUUUCUCUUUUUUUUUCUCAUCUUUUUCAGUGCUAAUUAGGUUUGAAAGGUUUUGAGCUGUGAAUAUCUAAGUCUUUUUUUAUGUAUAUGUUGGUGUCCUUGAUCUGGAUUAAAAAUCAUUCAACCUAUCUAGGUUUCUAGUAGUCAAGGUUGAUUUCUGACUUAUGUCCUAUUUGAAUCAGUGAAAUCGAAAACACACCUACGUGGGUUUUUUUUCAAUUUUCACUUUUUUACGGUUAAGUAACACUCAUGGAGAGAAGCAUCUGUACGCUAAAGGAAAUUUCGAAAUUGCAAUCGGAAGUGCUCAAAACAGCGACGGGAAAA